UAAAUGAUCAGAGAGAGAGUGAAAAGAUGGGCCCUCUAAAGCCUGAAACAGAAAUGAGUGCCACUGCACAUAACACUAUACACUCUCUUCUCUCUUUCCUUCUUUUACUUCUUUCUGGUUUUUACUAUCUUCUUCACUCUCCAUCUAUGCUUACAUAGAUUAUAGAUAGGUUCUCAAAGGACAAGUCUACUACAAAUCUUGCAAAGGAGUUGUCAAAUGUUUGGAAUUUGAAAGGUUUUUGAAGAUUUAUGUGAAGUUUAUAUGGUAGCAUUGUUUGAUUUUGGAGGGUGGUAACUCAUCGAUAGCUUCUUAUUCCUAUGCUUCAUUAAGAAAAGCAUUUUCUAAAUUGUUUCAUCAAUGGAGAAUGAUGUGUACAAUGCUCAAAUGAACAUGACUGGUCAAAUUUCAUCUGUCAUAGAAGAUAUCACACAUCAUUGCUAUUCAUUUGAUCUUAACAACCAACACAUUAUAAAUGGAAUUCCAAUACUUUCUGGUGAGCAAAAUCAAGAACAUCAACAUGUAAGUAGUAAUAACCAUGUUGAUGGUGGUAGCACUAGCAGCUUCAUGAAUCAUCAUCAAACUAUUGCUGAUUCUACUUCAUUUGUUUCAUCACAACAAGGAAGGACUAUCGUGGAAAAUCCCUCAAAUCCAUCGAAUCCUUCGAAUCUCAUUGUUAACAAUGAUUUUCAUGAUAAUUUAGAAGCUAUGGUUCCUUACAUGUUCAAUAAUUGGCAUGAUACUUCAAGUUCAAACCCUUUUGGUCAUAAUAAUAGCUAUGUUAACAAGUUUAUGAAACCUCAAGAGGGUAACGGUGGAACCGAAUUCAUGUCGUAUUCGACGAUUGCGAACAUUGAUCCGAAUGGAUGGCAAUCAUCAAAUCUUGCUUAUAGUUCAUCAAAUUGUAGCAAUGAGCUUUCACUAAGUCUUGCAACGUCUCCGAAUUCAGGUCAGUGUUCGGAGAUUAGUUGCUCUGACUUGACUCAUAGCAUGAAUGGAACAAGAUCGGGUUUGGAACAAGCUUCUUGUAGUAGUAUGGAACUUUCUAUGAGUUUAGGUAAUAAUAAACAUGUUAAAUUCUCGCCCGCGUUAUUAGGAUCAAGAUACCUUGCUGUAAUUCAGGAGAUACUUGUUCAAAUUGCUACUUAUUCUUUUGAGAAUCUAGAUGAGAUAAGUUACUCAGGCUCUGGUGUUAGAGGGCAAGGAAAUAAAUCGAGUUCGUCGAACACGACCAAGAGAAGGAUAGGAAUAAACAGCGAUGCGAAUUCUAAGUCGGAGAUGUAUGCUGAUUCUUCAAUGCAAAGGCAGGCUGCUGAAUCAAAGAAAUCACAACUUCUGAUGCUUCUACAGCUGGUGGAUAAUCAAUACAGUCAAUGUUUGGAUGAGGUUCACACUGUUGUAUCUGCAUUUCAUGCUGCUACUGAGCUGGAUCCACAUAUACAUGCACAUUUUGCUGUCAAAACGGUUUCUCGACUCUAUAAGGAUUUGAGAGAGAGGAUAAGCAAUCAAAUUCUUGCCAUGGGAUCGAAUUUUAAUAGCUCGCGUUCGGAAGAGGAUAAGGAAUUGUCUUUAGAAACUUCGUUCAUUCAGAAGCAAUGGGCUCUACAACAGAUGAAAAGGAAGGAUCAGUUAUGGAGACCUCAAAGGGGCUUGCCAGAAAGAUCUGUUUCCGUUCUACGCGAUUGGAUGUUUCAGAAUUUCCUCCAUCCGUAUCCUAAAGAUGCGGAGAAGCAUUUACUUGCGAUAAAAAGUGGAUUGACUAGAAGUCAGGUAUCUAAUUGGUUUAUAAAUGCGCGUGUUCGGCUAUGGAAGCCGUUGAUUGAGGAAAUGUAUGCUGAAAUGAAUAGAAGAAAAGCUUGUAGAAAUGAAGGAGAAAACGAGAGCAGUGAAAGAAGCAGAAUAAGCAUAAACAAUCAAAUGUUUAAUAUCAAUUGAAGGGUGUAGAAAGUAGCAUAUGUAGAAGCAUCUAUUGUUUUUAAUUUUGGAUCAUGUAAGAACACAAAACAUGAAUUGUGCAUAAUGCUCUCUAUUUAGUGAAGCAUUGCUAUUAUAUAUGAAGAGUUACAAUUCUCUUGAAAA